UUGAAUCCGGGAUAGCGUUGUCUACGCCGCACAAUCUCAGCCGGCCAUUUACGCUAGGAUAACCUAACAAACAACAGGCGAGUAUGGCAUCCCCAAAGUCUCCCGACCGUUUUCAGGAUUCGAGCCCCCCGAAGCCGUCUGCUGGCAUGGAUUCACUUUUCAAAGUACCGUUGGCAGAAACGGCACAGGCGAACGGGAUUCCGGUGGCAACCGUCCAUGGGCCCCAAGGAAUGACCGUCAAACAAGACCAACAGAACGCUGUCGUGCCGGACGCGUCCGGCUACGAAACUGAGGGCUGGUACAGCGAUAUUAGUGGAGAGGGUGCGGAUGAUGAAGGCACCUCCAUCGGGCCGCUCUGCUCCAAAUUGGACGGGGUUGAUCUGGACGAUUCGCUUGCAGUGAGACGUAAGAGGAAGCGCAAGAAUAAGAAGUCCAGAGCCAACAUGAAGCGUAGAAUCUUAGUGAGGAGUUUUAGUCAACAAAGUUUCAGUGAUCCUGAUACUCCGGGGCCUUCCUCCGGAUCUGUCGACUCUGGAGCCCACGUAGGCGAAGGGGAGAAGGUGCCAGCCCAAAAAAAAAGGGUACGACGUGGCAAAAGGCCGAGUAGAGCGCAGAAAAAGGAAAAAGCUAAGCAACAAUUGGGUAAAGAAAAUGUGUUGUGAAGGUUAAAGUCAAUUUUGAAGAAUUACAAUUUAUUUCCGGUUAAUUUGUAUAAUUUAUGUUAGAUUAGUUUUGUG